AAACAAACUACAGAUAACUUUUACGUGUUCGACUUAGUCAAACUACUAAAUCCAGAAAUAUUUGGAUAAAAGUUUCUGUAGGCCAUGAACAUAUAUUAUGUCAUUAUCUAAAACAGCUUGCACUGUCCAGCUCUUUUUAGAGUGUGGCACUGAAGAAUGUGAUAGAAAAUGUGAGUUUUAUUGCAACCCUUGUCAUCAAAAAUUGUGCACACAAUGCAGAGAUGAACAUAUGAAAAGUCCAGAAAACAAGAACCAUGAGGUGGUCCUCUACCAGCAACAGAUGACAGAAGACAGAGAGAAACAGACACAGCCUCUAUCUGUCACCAAAGUCAGGGACUUCAAUGUACCAGAUCUCCUUGGCAUAAUACAUAUAACAUCAUAUCAAUCAGACAGACUCUGGAUCAGUGACAAAUAUGGCAAUCUUGUCCAAACAGAUCUACAGGGAAAUGUGAUACAGAAGAUAAAAACCAGUGGUGGAGAAGAAGGUCACCACACCGUGACACAAGACGGGAAUCUGAUCUUUACAGACAUAGUCAAUAAAGUCAUCAAUAGGAUAACACAGGAUAACAAUAUCACUGAGUUCAUUAAAACUGGAGUCUGGGUCCCACUCAGCAUACACUCCUCCCACAUCAACGAAGACUUACUGGUGGGAAUGACUGGUUAUAGAGAGGCUAGAGUCACCAGGUACAACAAGACAGGAAAAGAACUACAGAACAUACAAAAAGAUAACAGGGGGCGAAAACUAUAUAGUAAACCACACUACAUCACAGAAAACAUCAAUGGAGAUAUCUGUACAUCAGACUAUACUAAGGGAGUAGUGGUGGUAAAUAAAUCAGGACAACACAGGUUCUCCUACAAAGGUCAGAAAUCAAAGUUCCGUCCCUAUGGAAUUUGUACUGAUGUCUUCGAUCACAUCCUGGUGUGUGAUUAUCACACUAACUCUGUUCACCUCCUUGAUCAGGACGGUCAGUUCUUGUCUCUAUUACUCACACACGAACAAGGGAUAUACGGUCCCUAUAGUGUUUGUGCAAAUGAAGAGAAAAAUCUUUAUGUGGGACAACUACAGGGCACACUGACCGUGUUUAAGUUUCUCCAGUGA